AUGAAUAACCUACAAGCUGUUAAGUUUUUCAAAGUCAUCAAAGCUUAUCAUAAACAUAUUAAUGAUGAUUUUGAACAACCUCAGUUUGUUAUAUCAACACUUAGAGCUCACCAGCGAAGAGCUGUGAAAUGGAUGGUUGAUAGAGAAAAAAACAACGAUUUUGUAAAAUGUGAUGGGUCUCCGUUUAGUGGAGGAAUUUUAGCUGAUGGGAUGGGUCUAGGAAAAACUAUUGAAAUGUUAUGUUGCAUCAUGGAAAAUACAGCACCUUCUGAAUUUUAUAACCAAAAACUUGUGAUUGAGAAGAAAAUCAUUGAUGAAGAUACUCAUAUCGUUGCAUGUUAUUGCAAGACAACGCCACCGAAAAGUAUCUUAGUGUAUUGUGCAAUGUGUGGUAAAGGCCAGCAUGCACAGUGUGUACAUUUUGAACCAAAACCAUUUCAAGAAGUUCCAUACUUGUGUUCUAAUUGUUGGGUCAUAAAUAAUAGAGUGCAUUGCAAGGCUACUUUGAUUGUUGUACCACAGUCUAUUUUAGACCAGUGGCUUGUUGAGAUAGAAAAACAUAUUGCGAAACCUGACUUAAAAGUUUAUGUUUACAAUGGUGUGCAUCUUGAUGGUUAUAUUCAACCAUUUUUUUUCGGUGACUAUGAUAUCGUUAUAACAUCGUAUACUAUCCUUUCAAGAGAUUCAAACUAUGUCACAGAUGUUAAUGUGGAUGAUCAAAAUUGUACGCGUUUGCGACAUUCUAAAAGAUACAAAUAUCCUCAAUCACCAUUGUCUUGCAUUAAAUGGUGGCGAAUAUGUUUGGAUGAAGGUCAAUCAAUUGAGAGUGCGAGCAGAAAAGUAUAUCAUAUGAUAUUUAAUCUACAAUCUGUGCAUAAGUGGACUAUGACUGGUACACCAAUACAAAAAUCACUAAAUGAUCUUUAUGGUAUUUUAAAGUUCCUAGAAGUAAGUCCUUACUGCCAACGUAAACAGUUCAUGAAGCUUAUGAAGGGUAAAAAAAAUAUUAUGUAUAAUUUUUUUUCAAAAUUGAUAUGGCGUAGUUCAAUAAAAGAUGUCAAUUCAGAAUUAAAUAUACCAAAGCUAACUCAUGAUCACCAUUGGCUAACAUUUUCCCAGACUGAAAAAUAUUUUUACCUAAACCAGCAUAAUGAUUGUGCGACAAAUUUUUCUAAUUGUGUAACCAGGCUGUUUCCAUCCUUGGAUAUAUCAGUAAAGGAUAUUGACAGGAAAAAUAUAUGUACAAUCAUGAGACCAUUAAAUAAGCUUGGACAAGCUUGUGUACACCCUCAAGCUUUGAACGGAGAGUUUUUAAAAAUAAGAGGAACAAUGACAAUGGAAAAGUUAAUAGAUGUAAUGAUAGAUGAAUGUCAUGAUGUAUGUAAUAAUGCUUUAGCUACACUUGUUUCUAAGCACAAUGACCUUGCUGCAUUGUAUCUUUAUGUUAAUGAACCAGUCACUGCUGUUGAACAUUAUAGGACAAAAAUUCAUGCUAUGUAUAAUUUGUCCGCUGUACUUGAUAAAAAUACAACCAUAAACCGUGCAUUAAAUGAUUCAGACUUAAAACGGGAUAUGGAACUACUUGAAGAAGAAUAUUUUAAAUUUUUUAAACAAAAUGUUAGUGAUAAGUAUACUAUAUGA